AAAGAUGGAGAAUCGUGUUGAAGACAUUGGAAUCAAAAUCUAUACUGCAACUCCACAAAAUGACCAAACCUUAUACCCAUCUUCACCCCAAUCGACCAUCAUCACCACCACCGAAGAAGGUGGCCGCAAAAGACGAGCAAUGGCGAAGGGAAUGCAGAAAACUCUGUCCAAAACCUCCAUGCUCGUCAAUUUCCUACCCACCGGAACACUUCUCACGUUCGAGAUGCUCCUCCCGUCGGUCUCCGGGGACGGUCAGUGCUCCCCCGUCAGCACCCUUAUGAUUCACGCCCUACUCGGCCUCUGCACUCUCUCUUGCUUCUUCUUCCACUUCACGGACAGUUUCAAAGGCCCGGACGGGAAAGUCUACUACGGCUUCGUGACCCCGAAAGGUUUGGCCGUUUUCAGAUCCGGCCUAGGAGUGGAAGUUCCGAAAGACGAGAGGUACAAAGUUGGGUUCACGGAUUUCGUUCAUGCAGUCAUGUCGGUGAUGGUUUUCACGGCCGUCGCAUUUUCCGACAACCGUGUGACGGACUGUCUGUUCCCGGGACAUGUAAGGGACAUGGACGAAGUUAUGGAGAGUCUUCCUUUGAUGGUUGGGAUUAUUUGUAGUGGUCUGUUUUUGGUGUUUCCCAACACCAGAUACGGCAUUGGUUGUAUGGCUAAUUGAUUGUCGUUUUGCUGCUUCCUAGUAGAGUUGUCGCUACGAUUUAGUGUUUAGGAUUUUUAAUUAAUUAUUUAUUUAUAUUUAUUUUUGGGAAGAAGGCAAAAAGGAUUUUUAACUUUUUUGUUUCAAUUUUAGUUAACACAGUACUAAGAACUUUACAGGGUCUAUUAUUUGUUACUUCUUGAAUAAUUCAUCUUCAUUAUUAAGGUAGAUAAUUUUUGUUCUUUAUUUUCUAAAGAUAUGUAAUAUUUUCUUAUUUGUUUA